AUGAAGACGAAGAGAGGGAGGAAAGGUUGGAUGGCCCUGAAACUUGACCUAGCCAAGGCCUAUGACAGAUUGGAGUGGAGUUUCAUCCAUGACACUUUGAUGGAAAUUGGGCUUCCUGAUAACUUGAUUCGUCUGAUAGAUAAAUGUGAUGGUCCCCUUAUUACCCAUCUCCUCUUCGCUGAUGAUAUAGUACUGUUCGCUGAAGCUUCUAUCGAGCAAGCCCAAAUCAGUAACCAAGUUCUCAGAGUUUUCUGUGAUGCUUCCGGUCAAAACAUCAGCAGGGAGAAAUCUAGGGUCUUCUUCUCCAAGAAUACCUGCUUCGCUAGAGACAAGGAGAUCAACGAGUGUCUUAACAUCAACCUGACUGGUGACCUAGGUAAAUACCUAGGGAUUUCCCUUCAUCAUAGAGCAGUGUCUCGAGCCUCCAUUUCCCAUAUCAUGGAUCACGUUCAAGGUAGACUGGAUAGUUGGAGCCACCGCUCCCUAACGUUAGCUGGUCGCAUCACGCUAGCUAAGCCUGUAGUGGCAGCCCAUCCCACCUACAGCAUACAGUCGGUUUCCCUCCCUAUCAACGUGUGUGAAGAUUUGGAUAGAUGCACCAGAAACUUUAUUUGGGGUUCCACAGAUUCCCAAAGGAAAUCCCACCUUGUAAAUUGGAAUAUUCUUUGCUCGUCCAAGGACUACGGUGGCAUGGGCCUUCGUCAAUCGAAGGCUAUGAACAAUGCCUUAAUCAUGAAAGUUGGCUUUAGUGUUCUGGCUAAACGUGAUGCUCUUUGGGUGAAGGUUGUACGCAACAAAUAUGGCCUUGGAGACGAUCUGAUCCCCAACCCUACUAGGACUUCCGUGAAAUCCAAUCUGUGGAAAGGUGUGCUAAACCAAUGGACUCAAAUCACUGAUGGAUCAAGGAUUUUAACAGGUGAUGGGAGGAGAACUAAGUUUUGGCUGGAUAGAUGGAUUUCUCAGGUGAAUAACUUGCUGGCAGUUGCCACGGGGCCCAUAAACGAGGCUCAUCUAAACUACGGGGUGGACAGGUUUGUGGAUGCUCAGGGAAGUUGGAGAUGGAACCUCUUCCAACAUUUACUCCCCAUUCAG